AUGGCAGAGGAAUCCGAGGCAGCGGUGGCCCAUGAAGCAGCCAGGUCAGGAGUGAGGAAUGGAAAUCAGGCAGCCCUGGUGGCAGAGUGGAAAUUUCACCGCCUGAAACCAGAGUUGUCACUAACCACAAGCGUAGCCCACCACAUUUGCACCAUCUCUGACCCUCAUGUGUCCAGCUUCCCACCAUCCAAGAAGCUGUGUGUGUCUGGGCCGGAUUCAAAACCAAGUUCUCCCUGUGCCUCUGCCUAUUCUGUGAUGUUCAAAGGGCCCUCAGGCCCUGGCAGCGGAAUGCCAAAAAAGGGCAGUGAAGCAGACCUAGACGAAGGUCUCUACUCCCGUCAGCUGUAUGUGCUGGGCCAUGAGGCAAUGAAGCAUCUCCAGACAUCCAGUGUGCUGGUGUCAGGCCUCCGGGGCCUAGGUGUGGAGAUCGCCAAGAAUAUCAUCCUUGCCGGGGUCAAAGCUGUCACCCUGCAUGACCAGGGCACUGCCCAGUGGUCUGAUCUCUCCUCCCAGUUCUACCUGCGGGAGGAGGACAUCGGUAAAAACCGGGCGGAGGUAUCACAGCCCCACCUUGCUGAGCUCAACAGCUAUGUGUCUGUCAGAGCCUAUACUGGCGCCCUCGUUGAGGACUUCCUUAGUGGUUUCCAGGUGGUAGUCCUUAGCAGCACACCCUUGGAGGAACAACUGCAGGUGGGUGCGUUCUGUCACAGCCAUGGAAUCAAGCUGGUGGUGGCAGAUACACGGGGACUGUAUGGGCAUCAAUUCUGUUGUCUCUCUCUGGAGCAAUUGUUCUGUGAUUUGGCAAGAAAAUAGCCUCUCAGUGCUAUGGUUUCUAUGGUUACCAAGGACCUCCCUGGUGUCGUCACCUGCCUGGAUGAGGCCCGGCACGGGUUUGAGAGUGGUGACUUCGUCUCCUUCACAGAAGUCCAGGACAUGAACGAACUCAACGGCACUGGCCCCAUGCAGAUCAACGUUCUGGGCAUCGUCAGUCAGGUCAGAGUACCUAAGAAGAUCAGUUUUAGCCUGAUAUCUCUCCCUAAUAAAUCCUUGCCAGCCUCGCUGGCAGAGCCAGAUUUUGUGGUAACAGAUUUUGCCAAGUCCUCUCGCCCUGCCCUGCUGCACAUUGGCUUCCAGGCCCUGUACCAGUUCUGUGCUCAGCACACAUCCCCUUGUCCCCACAAUGAGAAGUAUGCACCAGAACUGGCACAGACUGUGAAUGCCUAAGCCCUGCCAACAGUACAGCAGGGCGACUUGGAUGAAGAGCUCAUUCGGAAACUGGCACAUGUGGCUGCUGGGGACCUGGAACCUAUGAACGCUUUCAUUGGGGGCCUGGCUGCCCAAGAGGUCAUGAAGGCCUGCUCUAGGAAGUUCAUGCAGUGGCUGUACUUUGAUGCCCUUGAGUGUAUCCCCAAGGACAAAUAGGCCCUCAUAGAAGACAAGUGUCUCCCGUGCCAGAACCAUUACGAUGAACAGGUGGCUGUAUUUGGCUCAGACCUUCAAGAGAAGUUAGGCAGGCAGAAUUACCUCUUGGUGGGUGCAGGGGCCGUUGGCUGUGAGCUGCUCAAGAACUUUGCCAUGAUAGGUCUAGGCUGUGGGAAGAGGGGGGCAGUCACUAUUACAGACAUGGACAUUAUUGACAAGUCCAACCUGAACCGACAGUUUUUGUUCCGGCCUCGGGAUGUCACGAAGACAGAUCAGAUUAAUCGCAGUAGCAGCGAGGAGAGUCCAGCAGUCCUAAGAGAUUAUGAUACCCACCUACAGAAGCUCAAAGUAAUGUUGCCCAGCCCAGAGAUGCUCCCUGGGUUCAAGAUGUACCCCAACAACUUUGAGAAGGAUGAUGACAGCAACUUCCACAUGGAUUUAAUUGUGGCUGCAUCUAGUCUCCGGGCAGAAAACUUUAACAUUCCCCUUGCACACCGAUAUAAGAGCAAGCUAGUUGCAGGCAAGAUCACCCCAGCCAUUGCCACAACCUCAGCAGUUUUAAUUGGCCUUGUGUAUCUGGAGCUCUACAAGGUGGUACAGGAACAUCAACAGAUUGAGUCCUAUAAGAACAGCUUCAUCAACCUCGUCCUGCCCUUCCUCAAAUUCUCUGAGCCCUUUGCCAUGCCUCAUCACCAGUACAAUAACCAAGAUUGGACACUGUGGGAUCGCUUUGAGGUACAGGGGCUUCAGCCUAAUGGUGAAGAGAUGACCCUCAGACAGUUUCUCAACUACUUUAAGAGAGAACACAAAUUAGAGAUCACCAUGGUGUCCGAAGGAGUGUCCAUGCUAUACUCCUUUUUCAUGCCAGCCACCAGACUCAAGGAACGCUUGGAUCAGCCAAUUACAGAAAUUCUGAGCUGUGUGUAGCAUGUACAGGCGCUGGUACUUGAGAUGUGCUGCAACAAUCUUGGAGUGAGUAGUGGGCAGGUCUUACCAGGAGAUGAAGCAUUGGCCCAGGCAGCCUUGUCAACAUCUACCCUGAUGAAAACCAUCUGCUUUAGCAGAACUAAGCUAAAGAUCCUGCACACUAUUCAUCUCCUGUCUUCUGGCAUUCUCCAGUCAGUAAUUGCUCAGCCAGCACGUGGAAUGCAGUCAUCCCCCUCAGACCUCUCCAGGAACACCUACAAGAAAACAGCUCUAAUCAGAGGGUUAGAGUCAGCAGCAGGAGAAGCAUCCUGA